AUGAAUCUCGACUAUAAAUACUCUUCUACAAAUCGUGUCAUCGGUGGACAGGGCAUCCGCCUUGAGCUGCCUUAUCCAAGACGUAAAUCUACUGUCAAGCCUGUUUCCUGUUAUUCGCGUAUUAAGCCCGUCGUGGUCGACUACCUUGACUGCCGAGAAGCUCUUGGGCUGUAUCCAGAGUCAUGGGUAAACAAAUCAAGGAACUCUGUCCCCGGCAUCUUUUGUGCAGAUGCCACAAAUUGGGGUUUCAUCUCCUACGUCUUUGGCGAUGCGAAUAUUUUUUCAUCGACAACUCAAUUAGCGCAACAGCAAGGUCUUGAUAUGUUCGAUUCAACAAAUUUGGGGGUAAUCAUCAAGGCAAUAAAGUCCCGUGGUCUUCUAUCACGCGCUGAAAAUGCACCAUUUCCAGGAUACUUGACUGCAAUUUAG